CCUCCAAGCAGAAAGUAGUCAGCCGAGAUGAUGAUGCUUCGCCGCUCCGCAGCGCUGGCCCGCACCGCCGCGCCUGCCACGCGCGCCUUCAGCGCCGCCGCCAAUGCCUCUGGCGAGGCUAAGUUUGAGUUCUCCACGCCUUUUGAGCUGCACCGUCUCGUGGAAGGCCCGGCCGAAUUCGCCGUGACCAACCGCGAGGAGAUGCUGGGCUACUAUGAGCUCAUGUACAAGAUGCGUCGUAUGGAGAUCACCAACGAUAACGAGUACAAGGCCCGUACCAUCCGCGGUUUCUGCCACUUGUACGACGGCCAGGAGGCCGUGGCCACCGGUGUGGAGGCUGCUCUGGACCGCAAGGACUCGUGGAUCACGUCGUACCGUAACCACUGUAUCAUGCUCGCUCGUGGUGCCGAGGUUAAGGACAUUCUGGCCGAGCUGUUCGGUAUGUCUGCCGGUGCCACUGGCGGCAAGGGUGGCUCCAUGCAUUUCUACAAGAAGGAGAGCAACUUCUACGGUGGACAGGGUAUCGUCGGUGCUCAGGUGCCCGUGGGCGCCGGUCUGGCCUUCGCCAGCAAGUACAACCACAAGGGCGACGGCCCUAUGCCCUGCGCCAUCACCAUGUUCGGUGACGGUGCCGCUAACCAGGGUCAGGUGUUCGAGGCUGCCAACAUGGCCGCUCUGUGGAAGCUGCCGGUGAUUUUCUGCAUUGAGAACAACCACUACGGUAUGGGUACGUCUAUUCAGCGUUCGACCAACAACACGGACUACUACACCAUGGGCAACAAGAUCCCCGGUAUUAAGUGCGACGGUAACGAUGUGCUCGCUGUGCGUGAGUGCACCAAGUUCCUGAAGAAGUGGUGCGGUGAGGGCAAUGGUCCGAUUUUCGUCGAGAUGAACACGUACCGUUACCACGGUCACUCGAUGUCGGACCCUGGUGUGACGUACCGUAACCGUGACGAAAUUUCGCAGAUGCGUGCCUCGCGCGACCCCAUUGAGCUGGUAAAGAAGCGCAUGAUUGAGGCUGAGUUCGCCACGGCUGACGAGAUCAAGGAGCUGGAGAAGAAGGUGCGUGCCGAGGUUGUCAAGGCCACCAAGGAGGCCAAGGCCUCCGGCAAGCCCGCCUCGUCCGCGGCCUUCGAGGACGUGUACAUGGAUGGCAAGGGCAACAACGAGUACCCUCCGUUCAUUCGCUUCCCUGACUACGCUAAGAGCUUGUACAACGGCAAGCCCCAGCAGUAAGCGCUAAGCACAGCAACGAAAGAGGACACACACAGAGCGGCGAGAGGAUCACUAUAUUUCCUCUUAAGCGGUAGAAGCUGCGCUGCCUCGCUCUUGUUUUUUUCUUUUAUUUCGGCUCGCUGCGCAGUGAAUUAGAACCCAGCUGGCAUCUUGUAGCUUAGCUCUAGGAACAGUCUCGUAAGCUAUGCGAGUCCUCUAAAACCGGCUGAAUAUGUAAACGCCCAACAACGCAACACACAUUUGCCAUUCA